AUGUCAACCCGGAGACCUGGGAGGACCUCGCUUAGAACACACCGACCUGUAAAAGAGAGUGAAGACUGUCGCAACCUUCUACGAAGCAAACCGGUUCGCCGCCGCAAAGCCAAAAGGGAUGGUCGCAAGUCACAAGUGUCUCGGGUCCUCAAUGCCAACGGCCGGACACCUUCAACAUGUCCCCACUGUCAAAGCACAUUCCGCGCACGAAUUGGUCUCGUCAAAAACCUUCAGAAGCAAUUUGUCAACAACCCGGCAACGUCAACUUCUCCUCCCACGAACAUUCCUGCCGCAAACACCUCGACGACGAACACCCUCAUAACUGACGACCAGGUCCCUGAUGCUCCGCCGAUAACGAUUCCCGGCACCAUCUACCCUGCCUCAACCCAUGUGUCAAUCGCAGAGACCGGCGCCGCCAACGCCACGACCUCUCACUCUACGUUGCCGAUGGGAUGA